AUGCGUGAGCUAAAAUUCCAUGAGCAAAAGCUACUUAAAAAGGUCAAUUUUUUCAACUGAAAGCCAGAAAAUGACAGAGAAGUUUCUGUUAUGAGGAGAUACCACAUACAGCGCAGAGAAGAUUACAUAAAAUACAACAAAAUUUGUGGAUAUGUGACGAAGCUUGUCAAUCAAAUAAAAAAGCUGAAAGACGAUGAUCCAUUCCGUAUAGAAAUGACUGAACACUUGCUGAGUAAACUUUAUGCACAAGGAGUGAUUAAUACAAAGAGAAGUCUUGUUGUCUGUGAAAAAUUGACGGUGUCUAGCUUCUGCAGAAGACGAUUGCCAAUCAUCAUGGUCAAGCUAAGAAUGGCAGAGACACCUAAAGAUGCCGUAAAGUAUAUUGAGCAAGGCCAUGUUCGUGUUGGGCCAAAAGUAAUCACAGACCCUGCUUUUCAUGUUUCUAGGACAUAUGAGGAUUUCGUGACAUGGUCUGAAACAAGCUCAAUUAAAAGAAAAGUUCUGAAAUAUAAUGACAAAGUUGAUGAUUAUGAACUUUUAGGAUAA